AUGGCGCCAGUCUUGACCAGGCCGCAAGGCCACCUCUCUCCCGCUGAUGCGCUGCAUCUCGCCCAGCAGGCCCCGACGAUCCUCAAGAACAACCCUAGGGCUUUCGCCUCGAAUCCUCUCCUCGCCCUCUUCACAGCUGCAGAGACCCCCGAGAUCUGGGUCGUCUACGAGAACCUCAUCCUGGCAUGUUGUCGCACCGGAGACACCGAGUCGGCGUAUCAGUGUCUAGAGAGGCUGGUCACUCGGUUUGGCAUCGACAACGAGCGCGUCAGGGCGUUCCAGGGCCUCAUUAAGGAGGCGGCGGCAGACAACCAGGGCGAGAUUGUACAGUUGCUGAUGGAGUACGAUACAAUCUUGGGACCCGACAACACAAAUAUACGCAAGGUUGCGCUCCUAAGGUCUCUCGGCAGGACCUCUGAGGCCAUCGAUGCGCUGAAUGCGCUACUCGAUUACUCUCCUACCGAUGCCGAGGCGUGGGCGGAGCUCGCUGAUAUCUACCUCUCUCAGGGGCUGUACUCACAAUCCAUCUUCGCCCUAGAGGAGGUGCUGCUGCUCUCCCCGAACGCUUGGAAUAUGCAUGCUCGUUUGGGCGAGGUCCUCUACAUGGCCGCCACAGCUUCCGAUGGCCCUCAGUUGAAGCGGUUGACGGAGUCGCUCAAGAGGUUCUCCAGGAGUAUUGAGCUCUGCGAUGAUUACCUACGCGGCUACUAUGGCCUGAAGCUGGUUACCGACAAGCUUUUGAAAGAUGAUUCCAAGUCAGCAAAACAGCCCGAUGCGGAUGACUGGUCCCCUCCCGACGAAGCUACAGUUCACAAGUUGAGAGAGCUGGCACAAAGAAGCUAUCGAGAUUGUGCGUCGAAAGGAUGCUGGCGAGAAGUCAUGGCAAGGAUACAGCGAAUCCGAGGUCGCGGCAGCGCGGGACCUUUUGAGCAAGGAAUCGGUGGAUGUGGUUAG